UUCUUUUCCGGUCUCCGAGCUCCUCCUUCUCUCUGAAAUUGAGCUCGGCCGCUAUUCUGCACUUCCUUGGAGUGUGAAUAUAUCAGGGAGGGCUCUAGGAAGGCUCGCGUUUGUUACUCCUGGCAGAAGCUGACGUUGUGCGGUUCCUUUGGUGGUCGUGUGACCAAGAUGCCUGUUAAUCAUGCAGCGGAGAAUGUGCUCGGAACCAUGGGCACCAUAUGCUGGACCGUCCAGCUGCUGCCACAGCUGUGGCACACAUACCGGUCAAAGUCUGUAGAGGGCCUGUCCGAGAUUUUCAUGCUAGCAUGCGGCAUCGCGGGCGCAACUCUAGGAACAUACUCUGUCGUACAGAACCUGAAUAUUCCCCUGAUCUUGCAACCGCAACUAUUCGGCGUGCUUUGUCUCGUCUCCUGGGCGCAGUGUCAGUAUUAUGGACACAAACGGUCACGAACAACAGCUGUGGCGAUGUACAUCGCGGCCGUCGUUCUGUUGGGGGGCUUCGAGGUCGGGAUGAUAUACGCCGUCAGACCGUCAUAUAAAGCUGGGAACAUGGGGCCGACCCAGUUUUUCGGCAUAUUCAGCACUGUGCUGAUAUCGUGCGGAUUGCUGCCUCAGUACUACGAAAUCUACAAAUACAAGGAGGUUAUUGGGAUCUCCCUUUUGUUCAUGACUGUAGAUGCUCUCGGAGGCGUUUUCAACGACCUCUCGCUAGCCUUCAAGGGAGACUUCGACGUCGUCGCUGGAAUCACGUACUCGCUUGUGGUGGUGCUCGAUGGCGGCAUCCUUCUCCUCGCACUGAUCUUGAACCCGAUUGCGAAGCGCAGACGCAAACGUCUCGCUGCUGAGGAUACGGCGGCAUCGGACGUGGAGACACCUGCAGAUACUAGUGACGACGGUUCUCGAGCGAGGGUGGAACCAACACAACCUUCAGAAGACGAAAAGCAGGAGAGUGCCAACCGCGCAGAAGAAGAGAAGGAAGGAGCGACAUCUGUCGAGAACCGUGACGCAUGACAGAGCCAUUCCUCUUAGAAGAUUGUUGACGACCACUUGCGAUAGAGACAAGGUUAUUUACGGCGACUCGGAUCGAUGAGACGUCAAGGACGUAUCUGGUGUCACGAUACGUCGGAUGAGUCCAUCGCAAUAAUCGUUACAGCCCCACCAAGGAUAGAUGGAAGCUCGAGUUUGAUUAGCUUGCAAGUGGUGAGGCGAUAGUUGCAGAACAGCCUUUCGAAUGACUUGACUUCGAAGCUGCUGAGCCUGGACAAACCUAAUCAUGCAAACAAUUUAUUAGGGCGAGUGGUCCCAGUGGAUGAAGGAAGCAACGUUUGUGUCCGAGAUGGCGUCGUGCUACGCAAGGGAAGGCUUGGAUUCAUGAGUAGCUCGCACAGCACAUAUUCAGGCCACACUGACAGCCGCCAGCUUGGCUGACAGCGCAAUAGGACGCCCGGAGCCUGGGUGCGUUGACCUACUACACCCGACGGCGUUAACGCGCCUGAGGGCACUACGG